AUGUCACCACGUCUCAAAAUAUCAAAUUAUGUUAUUGAGAGGUUGUCUAAGAUAGACGCGGAUGAGAGUACAGGAUGCCUAUUCGGCCUCAUGUACGAUGGCACAUUGCUUGUGGUUGGACUAAGCUUAGAUUUAUUUGAAAAUGAAAAAAAUACAUACAGACAGUUAUUACUAAACCUGCCCGCAGAAGUAGAAUUAUGUGGCGUAGUCAAGUUCGGCGAAGCUUUAACGAUAGGAACGAGAAUGAAAGAGAUAUUGCAGGAUGUGGAUAUAACAGACAAUCCUCUGGUCAUGAUAGUUAAUGAGAAGAAGGAAAUGAAAGCUCAUUUUUUGGUGCAUGAUAAGUUUGAAGAAACAAAAUAUGAAGUAUUAAAUAGCGAAGAUAUGUGGAAACAAUUUGUUCAUGUUCGCCUAAAUACUGUAUUGCCUCUGAGUUGUGAAGCCACUACAUCGGGUGUUAAAAAUAUUUUGCAAAAUAAGAGAAAAAAGAUUGCAUCAGGACAGGUUUCUUUUCAUCUUGAUGGCACAUCUGUGUACUUGUUUGGGGUAGCAUCAGAUGUAGGACUUACUGGAACAAGUUCUGAGGCAACUAUUGGAGAGCUCAUUGACUCUAUGAACCCAGAACAGGCAACUAAGAAAAAGAAGCAUAAUACAAACAAUGUAGAAAUUGUACCCGUAAAUCUUGUAAUGAAGACAACAAAAGAUAUAUUGUCUGAUAAACAAGUAAAAACUGCAGUUAAAAUGAUGACGACACAGAGAAAACCGGCAUUUUGCAUCAGUAUGCCGUUACGAAUAGACACGCUAGCCAUAAUUCAUCGUAACACGAAGUUAUUGGAACUGUACACUGUACUUGUCGAAGCCGUUUGUAGGUCGCUACGAUUACUAGAAAGUGUGCUACUAGAACAAUUGGGUCAAGAAGGUAUCGGAGAUGGUGCUGGUCUACGUUUACCUGAAACAUUCCAUUUUCUACCACAAGAACUAGGUCACUUUGUAACUAGAAUAGUACCUAAAGGAAUUCCUGAUGAACUUAUGGAAAAAGAAAGACGUCUGUUACACGAACAGCUGGGCAUUCAACAAAACAAGCCUGUAUUUCGUAGAGGUAACGCAUAUACUGAGAAAAGUGGGGGUCGGUUAGUCAAUCCCCAUGAAGCCAUUCCGUUGCCACCUUCGAAGUCUGACGUCACCGUGGCAUUGGUUCGAGGCCGAUAUACCUACCAUCAUUAUAUGCAAGACAACUUUAACGACGAUGGAUGGGGCUGUGCUUACCGCUCAAUGCAGACGAUAUUUUCAUGGUUUAGGUAUCAAGGAUACACAACAGUAGAAGUGCCAACACAUAGAGAUAUUCAACAGUGCCUUGUUAAAAUCGGCGACAAGCCAACCUCUUUCCUAGGUUCAAAGCAAUGGAUAGGUUCUACAGAGGUCAUGUUUUGCCUAGAGACAUUGUUAGGAGUGCAGUCCAGGAUUGUCUUUGCUAAUACUGGAACAGAGCUGCAGAGUUAUGCUCCUGAGCUGGUUCAUCAUUUCCAGACGCAUGGAAGUCCCAUUAUGAUAGGUGGUGGAGUGCUGGCACACACAAUACUAGGCGUAGAAUACAACACCGACACAAAUGAGAUACGCUAUCUUAUUUUAGACCCUCACUAUACGGGUGCAGAUGAUUUGACCACUGUAAUCAGUAAGGGAUGGUGUGGUUGGAAACCAUCUGACUUUUGGAAUAAAACUGCUCAUUAUAAUCUUUGCCUGCCACAAACUAAACCUGGUAUAUAG